CCGGAAUCUGCCCCCACAGGCGGAAGCGACCCGGGGCCAUGUGGCAGGUCAUUGCCCUCUCCCUGUGCCGGGCGAGCUCCCGCGGCUGGCAGAAGCGGCUGCCCCAGCCCAGCCCCGCACCCGCAGCCCCGCAGCCCCGCAGCCCCGCACGGAGCCCCGGGACAGCCCCUGCCCGCGGCCUCUCCUCCAUGGCCCCCUCCAUCCGCCUCUCGCCCGCCGCCCGCAGCCUCUUCGAUGAGCCGCUGGCCAUCGCCGUGCGGGGCCUGGGCCCGCAGCAGCCCGUCACGCUGCGGACGUCCUUGCGGGACGAGACGGGCGAGCUCUUCCAGGCCUGGGCCCGCUACCGGGCGGGGGACGACGGGGAGCUGGACCUGGCCCGCUGCCCCGCGCUGCCGGGAGGCAGCUUCUCCGGCCUGGAGCCCAUGGGGCCGCUCUGGGCUCUGCAGCCCCAGAAGCCCUUCAGGCGGCUGGUGAAGAGGGACGUGCAGAGCCCCUUCCUCCUGCAGCUGGAGGUGUUUGAUGGCCACGGGGAGCCCCCCGGGCGGCUCCUGGCCCAGGCGCAGCACGAGCGGGCGUUCCUGCGGGACGGGGUGCGCAGAGUCCCGGUGCGAGAGGGGAGGAUCCGGGCGACGCUUUUCCUGCCCCCCGGAAAUGGCCCCUUUCCGGGCGUUAUUGACUUGUAUGGAACUGGAGGAGGACUCCCUGAAUACAGGGCAUGCCUGCUGGCCAACUAUGGCUUUGCUGUGCUGGCUCUGGCUUACUAUGGCUAUGAAGAUCUCCCCAAAGACAUGAAGGAAUUCCACCUGGAAUAUUUUGAAGAAGCCGUGAACUACAUGCUACAACACACCCAGGUUAAAGGUCCGGGGAUUGGGUUGCUUGGAAUCUCAAAGGGGGGUGACCUGUGCAUCUCCAUGGCCUCCUUCCUAAAGGGCAUCACGGCCACCGCCCUUAUCAACGGCUCAGUGGCAAAUGUGGGCUCAGUACUCCGCUACAAGGACAUCACCAUUCCGCCUCUCAGUGCCGAUGUAAAACGCAUCAAGCUCACCGAGUCUGGGAUUGCUGAUAUUGUGGAUGUACUGAACAACCCGCUAGAAGGGCCUGACCGCCAAAGCUUUAUCCCUUUGGAGAAGGCCGAGUGUCGCUUCUUGUUCAUUGUUGGUCAGGAUGAUCGCAACUGGAAAAGUGAAUUCUUUGCAGUUGAGGGGAGCAAACGUUUGCAAGCUCAUGGGAAGGAAAAGCCUGAGGUAGUCUGUUAUCCUGGGGCAGGGCACUACAUUGAACCCCCCUUUUUCCCGAUGUGUGCAGCCUCAAUGCACCUGCUAGUUGGAAAGCCUGUGGUGUGGGGAGGGGAGCCCAAGGCACACAGUGAGGCACAGGUAGAUGCUUGGCACCAGAUCCAAGCUUUCUUCCACAAACACCUCGCAGGCAAGCCAUCUGGAACAUCCAAUAAGCUGUGAUGUGAGUUAGGUUACUUUACUGAUCAAGAGGCUAGUGUUUCAAGUUUGUUUUGUUAAAUGGCUCUGAAUGAGAACAAAAAACAUCAGAGAAUAAGCUAUUGGGUUUCUUGGAGGAUGAUAGUGGGUGAGAGCAUGAGAGCUGCUUCCUUUUAACACCCUCCUUUAACCUUGCUUAGAGGCUGCCUGUUGUGUGUAGUAUGGGAUUACAAACUGGAAAAAUGGUGGUGGUAAGGCUGGGCCUGCUUUGAAUGUGAAUUUAAGUGGAAGGGAACUCAUCCAAGCUGAGAACUGGGAUGAAAAUUUGCCUUAGCUAUCUCAGAGGAAACAUGUUGUAUGCCCUUACAAGAGUCAGCUUCAUGCUCUAGUUUUGUCUGGAAGUAGCGACUCUCUUUUCCUCCAGCAAUCUCUCUGUUCUCCCUUUGCACUUCCCUCUCCUUUGGUGCUCCUUCCUCUUCUCCCACAUCACUGAAAUGCACCUUAACACCUUAACACUUAAUAUCUAAUAUUUCACUUACCAAAAGCAGCAAUACUUUACUUGCAUCUUCAGAUAACACAUCUCCCCUUUGUAGACAACAGCCCACGCGUAGCCUGACACAACGUUCUGAACACAGGCAUGUGGCCUAAAAAUGAGGCAUUUGUAUGGUUUUGGAAAGUUUGCAAGGAUGAAGGAACAGCAGAAUUGGACCAGUUGGUAGUCAUGCCGAGAACUGCUGGUGGGCCUCUCCUCAGCAGGGCUGGGCAUCCCUGUGUAGGUCCACAGCACUCUUGAGGGACAUUUUCUCCCUGCCUGGAUGUUCCUUUUAGUUCCUUCGUGGCUGCCAGCCUGUAAGCGCUGCCAAAAACUGGCGGGCAGCCGAGCUGGCCUGGCAGCUCCCUGAGGCAUCGUCUUUUCCUUGCCGUGUAGGCCAGCCAUGCAUGGGGUCGGCGUGGCUGUGGUGGCAACCGGCCCCUCUCCUGCCAGGCCCAGUGGGCCUCUGGCCUCCAUUUCUGCGUCCUCUCAGGAGCCGGGGGCAGCGGGGCCUGCUCACCCCGCACCAGGGGGCUGUCAGUCCUGUUUGCCACCCAGGGGCGAGUUUGACAGAAAAAGCACUGAGUAUCGCUCGUGGGGCGCUGGCGAGUUUGCACUAUUGUAUAAAGAUAAGUUUUUAAUACGUCGGUGCCUUACAAAGCCGAGUGGUUAUCGUCUAAAGUUGCUGUUUGUGUUUUACGUGAGUUGCGUUGGUGUGCUCAUGAUACGGUUUGCACUUACUGCAUUGUAAUUAUUAUUUUUUAACGGAUUAAACCCGAACGUUAACCUCUAC